AUGCGAUGCGCGAGCAAGGCCGCCGAGAGCGCGUCCGCACGUCUCUGUGCGGACGCCGAAGCAGAAACAACAGCAACUGAUGUCUCAUCGGUUGCUGAAGCGACCCAGCCUGUGUCACCUGGUGAUGCAGGCGCUGGUCAUGAAGACACUCGUGUCUUCACAGAGUAUGAGCUCGGAGUCUCAUACUCUCCUGAUACGGAAGACGGAUCCGUAUCGACGGCGAUCGAAUCCAAGCCGCCUGCCAAGCGUGGCAUGGAUGAUGCUAUGCUAGCAUCUUUGGUUCAUUUGAUGAAUCAGAUGAACCAUCGCCGAAGCGAAGGCGCUCGAGGGAUCCAUCACCUUGACCCCAGUGCGAAAAACUAUCGCGCUGAGAAUGAGUUCAUCAUCGAUUCUUUCUUCAAUCAUCGAUGGUACAGUGGGAAUCACAAGCGUGAUGGUCCCUCACUGCUUCAGGCGUGGAACGCCUACAUCCAUAACCUUGAGGAUGUAGGUCGUGACGCUUGGAACGACAAACUUAUCAAAGCUCGUGAUAAGUUUGAAAAGCGAACCCCGACAGGUGCACGCUACAAGCUGCAUCGUCUGUAUAGGGAGAAAGGGUUACCCUGCCUCUCUUGGGGAGACCAGUGCCCUUGUUGUGUGAACAACUCUGCACGAGCACCUAAGGAGGCUUACCUCCUUACCAGCCCGUGGUGGCGCGUACGUGUCUCUACUGAGAUGUACGAAGGGAUUGACAACCUGAAAUCCCUUUACGACCGUACCGGGAAGACUUUCUCCGGCGGUCCUUCUGCGGCACAGGAUGUGCCGCGUCGUACUGCUCAACCAGACCCAGUACGUCAACUAUCAGUUGGGAGCGGGGCUCCCAAGUAUCCCAGGACGGGGGAUAGCCGCGCCACCGGACGAGAUAACUCGUCCGACGUCCGUUCACGUCGCGGUGGUUCAACAGCUGCUCAACUAGAUCGCGCUGGCCACCGCGAGAGUCCUCUAAUGGAGGUGGAGGAGGAGGAAAGACGCUCUCCACACGAUCAUGUGGAUCGGUGUGUACCCGAGAGCUUCUUUGAUCGCGUAACGCAAGGGUUACGCGACGAUCUCGAACAUGAGCGGAAUAGGCGUCUCCAGAUGGCGGACACUGCCUCGAAGCAUCGAGCUGAGUUUGCCUUUGCUCAGCUCGAGAACGAGAGAUCUCUGACAUCUCUUCGUGACGAGCUAAGGGUAGCUCGUGGGAUUGCUGAUCGGUCUCGGGAUGAGAUAGCUGCUCUUCAGACCCUUGUUGAUGCCCACCAUCGGGAGCACAAGGCUCUCUGCGAGAUGCUUGAGCGCAAGGGCGUUCUUCAUCGGAAGAAGCAGCGUACUGAUGGUACGGCUUAA